CGUUAAAAAUCAAGAACAGAAAAAGAAAUAUCCUCUCUGUAUAUUUUAUUUUUUUGAUUAUUACUAAUAAUGUUAUGAGUUUUCCAGCAGAUAUUGAAAUUCAUGAGAUUUCAAAAAUCCGUGAAGAAAUUUUCUUUGCAAUAAGGAUUUAGGGAGGAUUCAACAGCAACUACCAGAAUGAGUUGCAGACGCCCGCCAUUGCAUACCUGUGCAAUUUCUUUAAUGGAAAUAGCUGAUAAAGCCUAUUCAAAAGCCCAGAAUUUAAAUGGAGCAUCUAAUUCAAUAACAAAGAUGAUUGCAAGGUUAGCCUUAUUAGCUUCUCCUUAUGUGUAUGCAUUGGAAUAUCAACUCUUAGUAAUAUUCUCCUUCUUGGAUAAUUGGAUUUUCGCCUUUGAAUCUGCGGUUGAGGCCAUUUUUCCUCCAUCAAAAUACGCAUUCAACAAGAUUGAUGAUCUUGUCAAGGUUGCAGAAAUCCUGCCAGGAAAGGUUGAUGAAGCUGUGGACAAGUUUCCAAUGAUGAUUCAUCAAUUUCCUUUUCUGGAUUUGACCUUGAUUCGUGUCAUUUCUUGCUUGAAUUUCUUUAUAUCUAUAUUGAGAGAAUGGAGAUCAGGAAAUGCCAAGGAAAAAGAGAUUCCUGUUGAUAUAAACUGUAAUGAAUCAGAAACUGUUCAAGAGGAGGCAUUUCAGGGAAUAGAAUCCGAGAACCUUGAUGAUGGUAUUCCUGAAAUUAAGCAAGAUUUAGGUUCAGCACAAAAUGCUGGUGGAAUAAUUUGUCAAACAUAUAAAGAUGCAUUAAAGAAGGGAGGAGAACAUCAUAUUAGAGAUGAAAGAGAGAGCUCAUCUAAAUAUAUACUAGAGGAACGAGCUGAGGAAGAAGAAAAAAGGGAUAUAGAUGAAGGACAGUCGACAUACAAGAAUGCACUAGAGAAGGAAGCGAAGGAAGAAAAUGGGAAUAAGGAUAAAGAAGGGAUGACAUACAGCAAUGUAUUAGAAAACGAAGGGAAGAAAGAAGAAAAUGAGGGUAAGGACAAAGGAAGGACAACAAGAAAGAAAGGAAAGAGAAGGAAUGGUGGAAAAGAGAGAAGAGAAUUUGAUGUUAGGAAGGAAGAGAAUGGGGAUGGAGGGAAAAAGAAGAACAUAGAAAAGAAAAAAGAUGUUGUGAAAAUGGAAAUCGAGGAAGGAAGAACAAAGAAGAAGAUAGAAAAGAAAGAAGAUAGUGCUAAAGAGAUUAAAAACACAAAGGAAAGCAAGGCAAAUAUAUAGGAUACUGGAGGAAGAAAAGAGACCAUAGAAAAGCAAGAAGAGAGUGCAGAUAAGUAGACUGAAAAAACAAGCUCGAGUAUGGAAGAAAGUGGGUAAAAUGGGAUAGAAAUUCUGAUAAAACGGAGGAAAAGUCUAGCAAGGGUCAUCGGAUUUUAGAGUUACUUGAAUCUACUUGGCCUAUUAAACCCAGAAAUAGAGAACAAAGCUCCUUCUAACGCAGAGCUGUCAUAUAAAUGGUGAAUGAAAGCAGCUUGUGACAGUCUUGUAUUUCAUACAACAUCUUGGCCUAACAUGGUUGAAGAAUUUGUAGAUAGUUUAGUAUAAUUAUCCAAUGUAAAAAAUGUUGAAAGCUAGGUUCUGAACAUUAAUAUAUCAUAUAUAUAUAUAUAAGCCUCAUUGC